AUGUCCUCUAUGGAAGUAGAUAAAUCGACGACGUUCAGUUGUCACAAUUUGAAAGGAAUACAAGAUAUUCUUGGCUACGACAACUUCGCUCCAAUCAUUGAACAAGGCUUGGGCACAUUGGAUUUCUUCAAAUUACUUCAUACGCUGUGUACAGAAAUUAAGGUCCUUGAUGAGUUACAAGAAAGUCCAUCUGCUAUUCAAUCACUUGACGAAGCGAAGGCUUUUCUUUAUGAACUUAGCGCCUUUCUGACUGAAUUGGAUUGUGGAAUUUCUGAUCUACUCUCGGGUUCAUUGGAGGAACGCUUUUCGUCAACAACUCGUCGUUAUGCACUUAUCGACUUUUUGAUUAACGAAUUGAAAGUUGCUCGUGUAUUGGCAGACGAAAAAUUAAAAGCCCCAGUAAAGGUUAUUGAUACUGCAUUGGCCCAGGAUCUUGACAGAGCGAUUCAAACGUUAAAGAUGCCAGCGCCUAAAAUAGGAGAUGAGCGUGAUAUCGUGGCUAAAAUUAUGGUUGAAGCCAACAAACGAUGUCAAGUGCUCAAAAACCCACCACGUCCACUUUUUACCGAAAAGAUGGAUGAUUUGAAGUGGGCAGCAGUUGAUCGGCUUUGUCAUCAAAUGUCUGCUGAUGUACGCGCUCGAAAUCUGUUACUUCUAAAGAGAAUCGAUGUAACUGUGAACUCAUUUUUAUGGGCUGAUAAAGUUCGAAAACGAGAAAAGGAAAUUUUGGAUCUAUACGCAGAAAAAAGAAAAGAUAUGGCUAAGGUUUUUCCUCCGGAUGUAAUAAGCCUUCUUGCUUGUUCGAACAAUCACCUACUGAUUGAAAGGGCAUCAUGCUCCCGUUUGCGUCAACAUACGAAAUCCAAAGUUCAGCCGGUUGCGAAUGCAGAAGCACCAAAAGAUCGUGGUGGACGCACAAAUGAAGUAGCUGCACCUUCACGAGAGACAUUUUUAUCACAACAGCUCGGUCGAGGUGAUGGUGGACGUGGGCAGUGGCAUGGUGGACGAGGAGGACAUGGUGGCCAUGGAGGUCAUGGAGGAAGAGGGCAUGGUGGUGGAAAUCAAAAUUAUCAACAAAGCGGUGGUUCACAUCACUCAGUCGAAGACCAGGCUCGUAACGAAUAUCAACAGAGGCGCGAUCAUUAUGGUGGCCAAGAUCGUCGUGGUGGGAAUCGAGGCGGAAGCGGCGGUGGUUAUCAACGGGGACGUGGCGGCGGGCGUGGAUACAUGGGCAAUUAC